AUGAUGACCGUUUCCAGUUGGGAUAAACUAGUGAGUCAAAAUUCAGGUCUAGGGUCUACUUCAGAAUCUGAUUCAAGUGAUGACGAUCUUCCAUUAUCUCAGACAUCUGUUAUAAAACAGAAGGAACUGGUCUUGAAACAGACAUUGUCAGAACCAUCUAAUGAUGAACCAAAAGUAAAGAAAGAAAUGACAAGUUUCAAAGACGUUCAAAGGGAUCAUUCAAAUAUGGAAUCAUUUGAUGUAUUGAAAGUAGAAUAUAAUAGCAAUGGAUCACUGUCAGCUAUCUCCAAAGAAAAGAAGAAGAAGAAUAAGAAGAAAAGAAAAAUUAAUUCAGUAGAAAAUAAUAAAUUACAAGACAAGGAUAUAGAUAGUGAUACAUCAUUAAAAAAAAUUAAAUUAGAGAAGAAACAAAAGAAGAAGAAAGAAACAGUUAAGAAAACAGAAUUGUCGCAAGAAGAAGAAAAAGAAAAAGAGGAGGAGAAAGAAGAAGAAGAAGAAGAAGAAGAAGAAGAAGAAGAAUACAAAUGGUGGGAGAAUCAAAAUAAUAAUGAUGAGAUUAAAUGGCAUAGUUUGAAACAUAAUGGUGUGAUGUUUCCCCCUGAUUACGAGCCAUUACCAUCUCAUGUUAAAUUAUAUUAUGAUGGCAAGCCUGUAGAUUUACCUCUUGAGGCUGAAGAAGUGGCAGGUUUCUAUGCAGCUUUAUUAGAAACCGACCAUGGUAAAAACCCAGUAUUCCAAAAAAACUUCUUCCAUGAUUUUAAACAAGUGUUAGAAGAAAACGGUGGUACUUUAAAUGGUAUUAAGAUUAACACUUUUGAUAAAUGUGAUUUUACAAAGAUGCAUAAAUAUUUUGAAUUGAAGAGAGAAGAAAAGAAAAAAUUGUCAUUGCAGGAGAGGAAACAGAAUAGAUUGGAAAGGGCGAAACUAGAGGAACCUUAUAGGUUUUGCGAGUUAGAUGGUAGAAGGGAACAGGUUGGUAAUUUCAGAGUGGAACCACCUGAUUUAUUUAGAGGACGUGGUGCACACCCUAAAACAGGGAAGUUAAAGAGAAGAGUAUAUCCGGAAGAUAUCACUUUGAAUCUUAGUGAGGACGCACCUAUUCCUGAUCCACCAGCAGGGCAUAAAUGGGGGGAAGUUAGACAUGAUAAUACGGUUCAAUGGCUAGCCAUGUGGAAAGAAAAUAUAUUUGGGUCACAUAAAUAUGUUAGGUUAGCAGCUAAUUCAUCAUUAAAGGGUCAAAGUGACUUUAAAAAAUUUGAAAAAGCAAGAGAACUGAAAUCUUACAUUGAUAUAAUUAGAAAGGAUUAUAGACGUAAUCUAAAGAGUAAACUCAUGUUAGAGAGACAAAAGGCAGUAGCCACAUAUCUUAUUGAUGUUUUUGCAUUAAGAGCCGGUGGUGAGAAAUCCGAAGAUGAGGCGGACACAGUUGGUUGUUGUUCUUUGAGAUAUGAACAUGUUACAUUAAAACCACCAAAUACAGUAAUAUUUGAUUUUUUGGGUAAGGAUUCGAUUAGAUUCUACCAAGAAGUGGAAGUAGACAAACAGGUUUUCAAAGACUUAAUGAUCUUUAAAAGACCGCCAAAACAGCCAGGACAUCAGUUGUUUGAUAGAUUGGAUCCAUCUAUACUAAAUAAAUAUUUACAAAACUAUAUGCCUGGUUUGACAGCAAAAGUGUUCCGUACGUAUAAUGCAUCGAAGACGAUGCAAGAUCAAUUAGAUUUGAUACCAAAUAAAGGUACUAUAGCAGAAAAACUAUUAAGGUAUAAUGCAGCCAAUCGUACAGUGGCCAUUCUUUGUAACCAUCAAAGAUCAGUGACAAAGGGCCAUGCACAAGCAGUGGAACGUGCAAAUUUAAAGAUUGAAGAAUUGAAAUGGCAAAAGAUUAGAUUCAAGAAGGCUAUGUUACAAAUCGAUCCAACAUUGAAAAGAAGGACGAAAUUUUUCAAGGAAAUUAAAGAAAUCACUAAGGAACAAGAGGCACAGAUUCAUGACCGAAUCAUUAAGCGUGAAAGAGAGAAAUCUGAGAUUAAAUUUGCUCGUGAUAAUGAUAAAAGAAACUUUGAGGGUGAAGAAUUAUUAUCAGAAGAGACUUUGAAAGAAUGGUUAGAUAAAGUUGAGCAAUUGCGUCUUCAAUAUAAAAGAGAAUUAGAGACUGGUGUAGUAGAGUUGAAAUCACGUUAUAAUACGGUAGAGAAAUGUGAGAAACAAAUAGAAAAAUUGGAACAAAGAAUCAGAGUUAGUUCGAUCCAACUACAAGAUAAAGAGGAAAAUUCUGAAGUAUCUCUAGGAACAUCAAAGAUCAAUUAUAUAGAUCCAAGAUUAUCAGUUGUCUUUUGCAAGAAAUAUAACGUCCCUAUAGAAAAGAUAUUCCCUAAGACACUUCGAGACAAAUUUAAAUGGGCGAUCGAAUCAGUUGAUGAGAGUUGGCGUUUCUAA